UAUUUUGCGAGUCGAUAGUCAAUUGUCAAUACCACCACCACUACAACUUACAAUACAAUAAUAAUAAUAAUAAUAAUAAUAAUAAUAUACGUUUUAUUAUUAUGGUGUUUUUAAUAUUUCGUACAUUUUGUCGUAAACUCUCAACAGUUUUUUCUCUUUUCGCACACGUUUGAAUAACGUUAAUGUCAUUUAUUAUAACAAUACUAUACAUACCGUUUAGAUAAUUGACAUUAAACACACAGUUCGGCGGGGUACUUAUAGAUACUUUUUUUUCGCAUCUUGCAAUCGUUUCCUAGUUAAUUAUGCGUAUUAUGCGAGACGAUUGUUUCGUCGUUGUUGUUGCGAUGGUCAUCUCCAAUGAAGGACACACGGCGCAUUAAUAUUCUGAAUGUGUAGGAAAUCGUUUCUGGUUCACGCAUUAUUCCGAUCAAUUUGACAAAACCACCAAAGCGCCUUCCGUAGGCUAUGAGAUUAUUACGUAAAGUAAAAAGCAGAAUUCUUUGCACAUUGUGCAUCUAUUGUAAUUCUUCACAAUGUCCAGAAGAUGGUUUCACUCUCAUUUAAAUGGCAUGGACACUCAACGUAUACUUUUAGAUGAAGGUGUGGAAGGAUCAUUUUUGGUUAGGAAAUCGUAUAGCAGAAAAGGACAAUUUGUCUUAUCUGUUAGGCAUGGCAAUAAGGUUAAUCAUAUAAAAAUUCAUAAUGAUGGUGAACUUUUUGAUCUCAAUGGUGGUGAAAAAUUUACAACUCUAACAAACCUUGUUGAACAUUAUAUGACACAUCCACGAGUACUCAAAGAACAAGGUGGUAUACCUCUACCUUUAUUAAUACCAAUUGGUUCACCUGAGCCAACCAAUGAAAGAUGGUUCCAUGGACAAAUGUCAAGAAAAGAAGCAGAGUAUUUAAUUUUAGAAAAAGGACGUCCUGGUAGCUACUUAGUACGAGAAUCGCAAUCUGACCCUGGAAAUUAUGUAUUGACUGUAAAUGUUGAUGAUAAAGUAGCUGAAAUUAAAAUCAGAUUUAAUGGAGAAAAGUAUGAUAUUGGUGGUGGAGAAGAAUUUUUGUCGCUUAAUGAUUUAAUGAAAUACUACAGCUUCAAUCCGAUGGUUGAUCAUAAUGGAUCUGUAAUGCACUUAAUGAAUCCAGUAAAUGUAACAAGAAUAAGUAUUGCUGGAAUAGUUGAUCGUGUUUUCAAACUUAAGCAUCAGAAAUAUCAACAUUAUUCUUUUGGAACUGGGGGAUUUUGGGAAGAAUUUGAUGUGUUACAACAAUGGGAAACAAAACGAGAUUCAACAAAAGAUAUUGGUUUUUUAGAUGAAAAUAAAUCCAAGAAUCGAUAUCGUAACAUUUUACCAUAUGACCAUUCAAGAAUUAUAUUAAAAUGUUGUGAUAAGAGUAUACCAGGUGCAGACUAUAUCAAUGCAAAUAUGAUCAAACUUGAGCCAUUUGCUUUGGCUGAUAACUACGAAACACGUAAUUACAUUGUCACUCAAGGUUGUCUACAAAAUACAGUUGAUGACUUUUGGAAAAUGAUAUGGCAGGAAGAUUCUCGUAUAAUUGUUAUGAUUACAAAACUUUUUGAAAAGUCUAAAGAAAAAUGUAUAAAGUAUUGGCCAGAUCUAGGUCAGAAAAAUGAGUACAGCAAAAUUACUGUUGUAAAUCUUGGAGAAUAUGCUCAUCAACAAGAUAUGGUUGUGAGAAUGUUUGAAAUGACUUAUUCAAAUUACAGACAUAGAAGAAUAUUUCAAUAUCAUUAUAUGGGUUGGCCGGAUCAUGGAGUUCCUUCUGAUGCGGGAUCACUUCUUGAUCUACAGUUUGUAGUUAAUGCUCGUCAGUUCAGCAUAGAAGCUCGCUCGGAUGUUUCACACCCUCUAACUGUACAUUGCAGUGCUGGAAUUGGGAGAACCGGUACAUUUGUUGUUCUUGACCUUCUCAUUGGUUUAAUAAACCGUAAAGGUCUUGACUGUGAACUGGAUAUUCAGCGCACCACACAUUUGGUAAGAUCAUUUCGUCCUGGACUAGUACAAUCUGAAGCCCAAUAUCAGUUCAUUUAUACUGCUAUCAAUCACUAUGUACAAUCAAUAUGUUCAAGAAUAUCAGCUGAAAAGAAAAUUGAGAUGUUUGGCCGUGAAUAUUUAAACAUAAAGUAUACAGAUGAACUAGCAACAGUUGUAGGUGAAGAAAAUGUGCCAACUUUAAACCCUUGUACAGCUCAGAGAGUCUUAAAAAAUGCUAUUACAUGCAACACAUAUCCUACAACUGAUUCACCUUUAGUGUCUCCAACUCUAGACAAAUCAAAUGUUGUUGAACUCCUUGGUUAUGAUCCCGGAAAACCAAUUACACCAACACCAGCUAUACCAACUACUGCAGAUUCAUGUCCUAAUUCGCCUACUUCUAACGUAUUUGAAUUACAUUCCUACGAAAACAUUACAUCACCUUUACCAUCUAGUGAAUGUGAUAUUGGACCUCCACCAAUAGAAGCUCCUCCGCCACCCCCACAGUCACCUAUUAUAAUAUUAUAAUUUUAACUAUAUUUAAUUAUGUUAAGACAAUU